GGUGCUUAUCUGAUACGUAGCCAAUGAAACUUUUUUAAGAUUGCACAUUUUGUCCUGAUUAAAGUCUUCAGUCAUCAGGCUCUCCCCCACAAGUACAAAUCACCUUUUCUUUAAGAAAAAAAACCCCAUCUCUUUCACGUUCUCUUUCUUGUCUAUUUCAAGUUUCUCUACUUCUCGACUCAUCCCCUAUAACCCUUUAACUACCACUCCUCAAACCCUUCGCAAACCCAUCUCUCUCUUUCAAUUUGUUGUUUUGAAAGUCUAAGGAAGUAGGACUUUGCUUUGCUUCAUCGUUCUCCUUCAACUUGGGAAGCUAAACCUACUAAAAAAGAGUUUUUUUUUUUUUUUUUUUAUCGUCAUGAACAGUCUACAUGACUGGCCUGAACCAAUAAUCCGUGUCCAGUCCUUAUCCGAAAGUGGCUUACCAAUCAUUCCAGGUAGAUAUGUCAAGCAAGAUACAGAUAGGCCUUCCUUAAACCCCGACAACAGCGAUGUUAAUAUUCCAAUAAUUGAUCUUACAGGCUUAUCAGAAGAUGAAAAUACUCUUCCUGCCACAACGCUUGAGCAAAUUUCUCUGGCCUGUCGAGAGUGGGGAUUUUUCCAGGUCGUUAACCAUGGAGUUAGCCCUGGAUUAAUGGACCGAGCACGCGAAACUUGGCGAAGCUUUUUCCAUUUACCUAUGGAGAUUAAGGAAACUUAUGCUAACUCCCCCAAGACUUAUGAAGGUUAUGGCAGCAGACUAGGAGUUGAAAAAGGUGCCAUUCUUGAUUGGAGUGAUUACUACUAUCUUCACUAUCUUCCAUUAACACUCAAAGACUAUAACAAAUGGCCUACCUCUCCAGAUUCUUGCAGGGAAGUAGUUGAUGAAUAUGGGAAGGAAUUGAUGAAGUUAUGUGGGAGAAUAAUGAAGGUUUUGUCCAUAAACCUUGGAUUGGCAGAGAACCAUCUUCAAAAUGCAUUUGGUGGGGAAAACAUUGGGGCAUGUCUUAGGGUGAACUUUUAUCCAAAGUGUCCACAGCCUGAUCUGGCCCUUGGUUUGUCAUCCCACUCGGACCCUGGUGGCUUGACCAUUCUCUUACCAGAUCAUGAAGUCCCAGGUCUUCAGGUUAGGAAAGAUGGCAGGUGGAUCACGGUGAAGCCUGCCCGGUUUGCGUUUAUCGUCAACAUCGGUGAUCAAAUUCAGGUCCUAAGCAAUGCAAAUUACAAGAGUGUUGAGCACAGAGUGAUAGUGAAUUCAGACAUGGAAAGGGUAUCUUUGGCCCUCUUUUACAAUCCAAAGAGUGAUAUACCAAUCAAACCAGUGGAAGAACUGGUUUCAGCAGACAAGCCCGCGCUGUAUUCGCCGAUGACAUUCGAUGAAUUCCGGCUUUUCAUCAGAUUAAAAGGUCCCAAAGGCAAAUCCCAGGUGGAAUCUCUCAAAUCUCCAAGAUGAUUGAGAUUUAAUCAUUGUUUUUUAAUUUGAAUUCACUGUAAAUCUCAUUGCCAAAUAAUUCCUUUCUUUUUUCUUUCUAAGUUAUUAUUUAACUAUGAAUUUUGUAAUUUAUCCUUACUUUACAAUUAAAACUAGGAGUUAAAAAAAUU